AUGACCAAGCACUUUAGGAACGAACUUGAUAAAGAACGUUUAAAGCGACACUUCCGUCUCGCCGUUAUUGAAGAACCAACCCUCAACGAGGCACCCGUCGAGCUAGUCCGGCAAAGAUUCAGGACGUGGGUUUCAGACCUUCCACCUGAAGGCGACCAGCAGCAAGAUGUACCUCCUAUCGAGCACCGCGAUCCCGUCCUUUUCAGCUACCCGUUAUAUGUGGACACUGAGUGCCUUGAGUCUUUGCUGGCCUACGAUAAGGCCGUCGAAGACGGUCAACAUGAGGAUGACGCGUCUGACCUCGUCUUCGUGAAGGCAAUCAACGCCGAGCAGCCGUGGGCUAGAAACGAUAGCGAAGAUGAGGAAGAAGAUAUGGACGAAGAAGAUAUGGACGAAAGAGAUAUGGACGGCGGUAACAACGAUGUGCAAAAGGAUAAUCAGCAUGACCCGGAAUACUACUGGAUGCUCGUAACAUGCACUUACCUGGGCGGUUACUGGGAGCAGAUGGGGCUCGGCUGCCAGUGGCACAUGCAGUUCUCGUCGUGCAGGUACCCACAAAAGCAACGCCGGGAGCCUUCGUAG